AUGGCCGGCGGGGAUGGGAUGCUGCGACGCCUGCUGAAGCUACACCGCACUGAGAUCGCGGUGGCCAUCGACAGCGCCUUUCCGCUGCUGCACGCUCUGGCCGACCACGACGUAGUCCCAGAGGACAAGUUCCAGGAGACCCUCCGGCUGAAGGAGAAGGAGGGGUGCCCCCAGGCCUUUCAUGCCCUGCUGUCCUGGCUCCUGACCCAGGACAGUGGGGCCAUCCUGGAUUUCUGGAGGGUUCUCUUUAAGGACUACAAUCUGGAGCGGUACAGCCGCCUGCAUACCAUCCUGGAUGGCUUCCCCAAAGAUGUGGACCUCAGUCAGCCCCGGAAAGGAAGGAAGCCCCUUGCUGUUCCCAAGGUCACAGUACUGCCACCCAAACCCCCCACCAAGAGAAAAGCUCCAGAGGAACCUCGAGGCACCCCGCCAGCCACCCUGGCCCCAAAGAGCACCUCUAGCCCAGGCUCCCACCCAAAGACUAAGCCCCCCAAGAAGCCAGAGGGCAACUCGGAGUCACAGCGCCUCCCGCUGGGAAACGGAAUCCAGACUAUGGCAGCUUCGGUCCAGAGGGCUGUGACUGUGUCCCCUGGGGAUGUCCCAGGAGUCCGAGGGGCCGUGGAAGGGAUCCUUAUCCAUCAGGUGUUUGAGUCAGGAGGAUCCAAGAAGUGCAUCCAGGUUGGGGGGGAGUUUUACACUCCCAGCAAGUUUGAAGACCCCAGUGGCAGUGCAAAGAACAAGACCCGCAGUGGUGGCAGCCUAAAGCCGGUGGUCCGAGCCAAAGGAGCCCAGGUCACUAUCCUUAAAACCACUAGUCAACAUGGAAGAGAUGAACAGAAAGUGGGCCAGCAGUGUGGGGUCCCUGCCCUCCCAACCCUCCCCAGCGAGCCCCAGAUUCACCAGAAGAAUGACGACGAGUGUGCUGUGUGUCACGAUGGAGGUGAGCUCAUCUGUUGUGACGGCUGUCCCCGGGCCUUCCACCUGGCUUGCCUGUCCCCACCUCUGCGGGAGAUCCCCAGUGGCGUCUGGAGGUGUGCCUGCUGCCUCCAGGGCAGAGUCCAGCAGAACCUGUCCCAGCCUGAGGAGUCCAGGCCCCUGGAGCCACCUGCAGAGAUCCGGAUCCUCCCAGGGCUGAGGGCAGCUUCAGAGGAAACCAGGGGCCUGUCCAGGGAGCUCCCAGCCCGCUCAGAUCCUGCCAUCACAUAUGUGAACCUGCUGCCCCCACCUUCUGCAGCCCCCUUGCCUCUGCUGGAGCCUUCAGCACUACAUCCUCUGCUGAGUUCUGGGACUGAGGGGCAGCAGGGUCCAGCACCCUGUGCGAGGUGUGGUGUGUGUGGGGACAGCGUGGACGUGCUACGGUGCACACACUGUGCGGCCGCCUUCCACUGGCGCUGCCACUUCCCGACUGCCGUUGCGCGGCCAGGGACCAACCUCCGCUGCAAGUCCUGCUCUGCAGACCCGACUCCCACACCAGGCGAAGCUGCGCUCACCUCUGUGCGUCAGGCCCCUGGACUUGCUAAGGUGGGGGACGACUCUGCUGGUCAUGAGCCUGUUCUACAUAGGGAUGACCUGGAGUCCCUACUGAAUGAGCACUCCUUCGACGGCAUCCUGCAGUGGGCCAUCCAGAGCAUGGCACGCCCGCUGGCCGAGACACCUUCUUUCUCUUCCUGA